UUGCUCGCCACCUCCUCCAAUAUCGCCCUCCCUACCGAUCUUCCAUGACCGCCCUCCCUACCGAUCCUUCAUGAUCGUCCUCCUCACCCAUCCUCCAUGAUCGCCCUCGGACUUCGCGCAUAUACGCGCCCCUCUCGCCUCGGACACCUGCUUCUCGUUUCGUUUCGUCUCGCAUGCAUACAUUCCAUCCUUGGGUUCCCUCGUACUUAUGUUCGCCGCCAUCGUACUCAUCACGUUCGACGCCCUCGUCCCCUCGCUUGCAUCUAUUCCCUUGUCUGCAUACAUUUCCAUUGUCCGCCUUUGUUCAUUUAUCGCCUUCCGCCCGCGAUCGCGAGUAGCCUUCCUCCCGUGAUUGCUUCACUCACCGCCGGCCGUGUAAGACUCGGUCGUCGUGUCCAAGUAUGUUACGCUCCGCAUAUUCACACACAAACACCCUCCUUGUGGUCUUCUUACUGUGCUCGUGGUUUUCCUACCGUGUCGCUCUGGUCCUUACAUGACCAUUGCUCGUGGUUCUUAUGUAAGUGAUCAUCUCGUCGCGCAGCUGCAUGCACUCGACGCGUCGCGCAGCUGCAUA